AUGCAAGAUAUCUCUUCUGGAACGUGCGUUAAGUUUGUUCCACGCACUCACGAAGGCAGCUUUUUGGAUAUUCAGCCUAGAUAUGGUUGCUGGUCUUUCCUGGGACAGACAGGAGGAAGCCAGACGUUAUCCCUGCAAACGCCUGGGUGCAUGUGGUCUGGAGUAGCAGCUCACGAAUUCAUGCAUGCGCUUGGCUUUGUACAUGAACAGUCUAGGUCUGACCGUGACCACUAUGUGACAAUAGUAUGGAAAAAUAUUGUGCCAGAUCAAAUGCAUAACUUCAGAAAGCAGGCGACCAACAACUUAAACAGCCCCUAUGACUACAACUCAGUCAUGCAUUAUGGAAGGUAUGCAUUCUCUGAAGAUGGAGGACCUACAAUAAUCCCAAAACCUGAUCCUUACAUUCCCAUUGGCCAAAGAGACGGACCAAGUGCUUUAGACUUACAUAAAAUAAAUGUUCUCUACGACUGUGGUGCAAACGAAUAA